CUGCGCAGCGCUUUUACGCAGCUCGGCGCUCGUAACUCCUGCUGCUGCUGCUGCUGCUGAAUUCCAAGCAGGCACGCAGUCAUCAUGAACCACGGGCUGCUUUCCUCCACCAUCGUCUACCGCACGUUUGGUUUAGGAGAAACCGUGUUCUCUCUCUCCGGAUGACUCGGUGCUCUGGUUCCGACGCAGCGAUGAUUUAUCGGGGCUUGGUUUUGCUUCAGAGGAGCGCGGACAUCACGGAAGACAUCGAUUCUACUCUCUGGAUUUGUCUCUAGUUACCUGAGCAGAGCCAACUUUGUCCUUCUGAUGGCAUAACUGAAUGAGAUGCAUCUGACUCCAACAACACAGCUCAUGGCUGAAAGUACAAGGUGAGGGUGUGGUUGAGAGUGUGAGCUGUAAAGUCCCCACAAUUACAUCACAUGGAGGUCAAAGGACAUCUGAUCACAUCAAUGGGUCUGGGGGCCCCUGAUGUUCAAGGCAGCCAGGAGAACAAGCUGCAGGCUGAGAGGAUUGCAGUGCUACAGGAAAGGAAACAGGCCCUGGAGACUCUGCUCAGCACCAGAGUGGGAGAGCUGAAACAAGUCUGUCUACAGGAAGCGGAGCUGACUGGGAAGUUGCCACAUGCUUUCCCCCUGGAGACAGGAGUGAAACCACCACUGGUGCAGCGCAGAGCUGGCCUGACGCCCAACACCAACGCUGAGGAUGAAGCUGCCCAAAGGAAGCAGAUUAAAGCCAUCUUCACGAGUGGUCUGUACAGACAAGCGGAAUCAGACCGAAAUGUCCCAAAUAGCAAGAGGACAGUUCACCGGGGCUGUCACACAGAGGACACUGUCAUAUCAGAGAGUACAAGCUCCAUGUCAGACUCAACAUCCCAUGACAAUGAGUCGUCUCCCAGCGUGGCUGCUGAUCAGCGCUCUCUGUCUCAGCCUCGGCUCACUGUGGGCAGCCCUGACCACAGAAUCAGCAGGAAACUGUCUCCAGUAGAGAUUUACUAUGAGAUGAGGACGCGCCGAAACUCCGUCACAAGCUCUGUUAGCCCAACUCACUCUUUGCCAAGAAGUGUAUCCAAUGUUGAAGGUAGAAGUGUUCCAGCGACUCCUCUGUUGGCGCGAACUGCUCCAAUCAGCGUUCAUGUCAGGUCAGAUACAUCGGGGGGCAACGGGUUGAAGCAGUGGUCUGGCAGCCUGGAUGUGCCGUAUAUAAUUCCACUGGCCCAGGACGGCUCGUCCUCUGACCGCCGAAGCUGCCCAUACAGCUCCCGUGCCAGACGCAGUAACAGCUCAGAGGCCCUGCUGGACAGAUCAAACCUCCCUGAUGAUCAGGCACCCAGGAACGGGAUGCCCCCCAGAGGAGGGCCCUUCAAGAGCUCAGAGACACUCACUGAUGGAAAACUGCGACACAUUAAUCUGGGCAGCCCUGAGAGACAUGUGGACAGCUAUGCAGAACAGGCCAAAAUCCGUCUCUCCAUGGGUGGCAGAGGUGCAGGUGGAGGCUACAAUGAGCUAUUAAUGGACUAUAUCUGGGGAAAACACCAGAAUUUGCAAGUGCAGCAGCAACUGUACCAGUCUACAGGCAGGAGCUGGCAGGACAUGUCUUCUCCUCGCUCCUCCACAGUGGCUCCUCAGGCAAAUGGAUUUUCUCAUUCCCAGGUGCAUCUCCCUAGCGCUGCACCUCCGUAUAGCCCCAUGGUGCUGCGAGGGUCCCAGGCCGAACUGCGCAGAGUCAAAGUCACCAGAACCAAAUCUUGUGGACCUUUUAUACCUUUGCAGCAACAACUCCAGGAUGCAAUCCUAUUUUCAGCGUAUGAGUCUCCCCUUCCUGCCUCUGGCACCACAUCCUCCAUCCCCAAUCUGCACCCUUACCAGACUGAGGUGUCUGGCCCCUCCUUCAGUCACAGACCCCCACAGUUUUCUCUCCCAACCCCAGAGGACUCGACUAGAAGUCUGCAUAAAGCCCUAGCCCUGGAGGGGCUGAGGGACUGGUACCUGAGGAAUGCCCUUGGUUAUCCACCUGCCGUCUCAAAGGGCCACGACGCAGGGGUCUCUCGCCUCUCACACCCUCACCCAUUGGUGCAUCAGGCCCAAUCUGUUCAAGGUGAAGCAGCCAACCUCAAGAGGCCUCAGAUGCCCCAGUCAGCCAGCUUCCACGGACUCCCAUUGCAUGGAAGGUCGAUGGAGUUCUCUCUCUAUCAGGAGACUCUUCAUCCACAGAUGCAAGAGGUGACCCCAAAGGAACCCAGUGCAGACCCUGGCACCCUCGUGUGAUGCAGCAGAACACACACACACACACACACACGACACUAGCUUAACUCACUAAGGCCCUUUUCACGGCUGGUAUUAACAUCUGUCCUCCGUGAUCCGAUCACAUGUGGACAGUAUUAAAUACAACUGUUCACACUUAGUGUUCUGAUGCAUCUCCAUUGACAUGGCUUAUUCUGAUUGUUAGGACUGAACAGUUAAGAAAAAAAAAAAUCUAAUUGCAAUUCAUUAUUUACCAUUGUUGUGAUUUUGAUUCAAUGUGUGACAUUUUUUUUUUUAAAGUUGAUCUUAUCUUGUGUGUUAAUCAACAGUUUGAUCGUCAUCUGUGCCUCAGUCAAUGCUGCAUCCUCCUUCCACCACCACAUUCUCACACGGCCCUGUCGGGCUCGACCCUCUCAUCUUUUAAUGGAUUUUCUGUAAGGAAUAGAAAUAAAUAUUGUGUAAUUCAUACAUUACACACACACUCAUAUUCCCUCAGGCACAAAAACACAGUGUAAUGUGAUCGGGCCGUGUGGUAGCAUUGGCAGCAGGGCCGGCUCUGCAGAGUACCUGCUGCUGCACAGCAUCCUUUUUUUUUCUUUUUUUAAGUCGAAAUAGUUCCACACAACCGAUGUAUUGUUCCUCUUUGACACUAAAGUGUCUGUGAUGCCAGGUGCUGUUGAGCCUGAGGUCAUUGUACAACACGUCGCCUCCUCCCUCCUCCUUUAACCACCUGCUCUGCCCACGUUUGCAAGUCACGUUAAGUGUAAUCGCAGCCUCUGCGGUUACAAAUGCCGUGUUUCCACCGAAAAUACUCGCCUCGCCACGGUUAAGUUACGUUUC